CUCGGCUGGCUCAACCGACGGUCUAGAUGACCUAGGCUAAACAUCGGACGGUAUGUGAACUAUACAGAGUAUGUACAUACAUCCAGAGAUCCAGACUGAAUCUGCGAUGGCGGAAUUGCGCCGGGAAUCAAAUCGCGGGGAAGUGCAGGAGAAAAGUGGACCGGCGGAAUUGACGACCAACAAUCGACUCGCCCUGGCUUCAACUGAGUUACUUCCUGCUGUUCAACUGACUUGCCGGGGUUUGCCAUCGGUCUGUUCCCCGAUCUGCUGUUAUUAAGCUCGCCUUGGAGCUCGCCUUUAUCUGCUCAUUGUCUCUGCUCCCGUUGCUCAUCCCCUCACAUCCUUUCAGAGUCAGGGGUGAAUUGCUAUCAUGGUCUACACUGCAUCAUUUGCCUUUUUUGAGGCCCUCUGGGAGGCCGGCGUCUCCCAUGUCUUCGUCAACCUGGGCUCCGAUCACCCUUCCAUCCUGGAAGCCAUGGUCAAGGGUCAGAAGGAGAAGCCUGAUGAGUUCCCCAAGAUCAUUACCUGCCCCAACGAGAUGGUGGCGCUGUCGAUGGCCGAUGGUUACGCCCGCCUAACCGGCAAACCGCAAUGUGUCAUCGUCCACGUCGAUGUCGGCACACAGGGACUGGGAGCGGCCGUACACAAUGCCUCCUGUGGUCGAGCCCCCGUCCUGAUCUUCGCCGGUCUCUCCCCCUUCACCAUCGAUGGGGAGAUGCGCGGGUCCCGCACCGAAUACAUUCACUGGAUCCAAGAUGUCCCCGACCAGAAGCAGAUCGUCUCCCAGUACUGUCGCUACUCGGCGGAAAUCCGAUCCGGCAAGAAUGUCAAACAGAUGGUCAACCGCGCCUUGCAGUUUGCGACCAGCGACCCCAAGGGCCCUGUCUAUCUGGCCGGCGCUCGAGAGGUCAUGGAGGAGGAGAUCACGCCCUACCAGGUGAAUCAGAAUGUCUGGGGUGCCGUUGCGCCAUCUGCCCUGCCCUCCGAUGGAGUUGAGUUGAUCGCGCGUGAGCUCGCCGCCGCUAAAGAGCCGUUGGUGAUUGUGGGAUACUCGGGUCGGGUCGCGCAGGGAGUCAAGGAGCUGGUCACCCUGGCCGACACGUUCAAGGGAAUACGCGUCCUGGACACCGGUGGCAGCGACAUGUGUUUCCCCGGAGACCACCCGGCGUCAUUGGGUCUGCGGUUUGGCGUGCAUGACGCCGUUAAGACGGCCGACUUCAUCCUGGUCGCCGACUGCGAUGUCCCCUGGAUCCCCACGCAGUGUAAGCCCUCUGACUCGGCCAAGGUCAUUCACGUUGACGUGGAUCCUCUGAAACAACAAAUCCCCGUCUUCUAUCUCCCUUCCAUGGCCACCUUCCGGGCCGAGUCUGCCACCGCGUUCAAGCAGAUCAACGAAUACGUUGCGUCCAACGCCUCGUUGCAGCAAACCAUCAAGUCCGAGGAAAACAAUGCCCUCGGCAAGCGUCGCGAAGAAGCAUACAAGAAAGCCCGCCAGGCCGUGACCGACCUAGCCGUAGUACCCUCGGGCGGCGACGACGCUUCCCUGAACGCAUCGUACUUCAUGUCCGAGGUCCGCAAGGGCUGUCCCGCCGACACCAUCUGGGCCAUCGAAUCCGUGACCCUCACCGGCAUCGUCGCCGACCAGAUUAAUGCCACCCUGCCCAAGUCGUGGAUCAACUGCGGCGGUGGAGGACUCGGCUGGUCCGGCGGAGGUGCCCUGGGCAUCAAACUCGCCAGCGACGACCAACACGGCGGCAGAAACAAGGGCAAGUUCGUCUGCCAGGUCGUCGGUGACGGCACUUACCUCUUCUCCGUCCCAGGCUCGGUCUACUGGAUCUCGCGCCGCUAUAACAUCCCCAUCCUCACCAUCGUGCUGAACAAUAAGGGCUGGAACGCCCCGCGCCGGAGCAUGCUCCUGGUGCAUCCCGAGGGGGACGGUUCGCGCGCCACCAACGAGGAGCUGAAUAUCUCGUUCGCCCCAACUCCGGAUUAUCCGGGUAUUGCAAAGGCCGCUUCCGGAGGCGAGAUCUGGGCUGGUCGCGCAGGCACCGUGGCGCAGUUGGCGAAGCUGUUGCCGGAGGCCAUUCGGACUGUGCAGAACGGAACUUCGGCGGUGUUGGAGGCCCAGCUGGACGGAACUGUGGGGAAGUAUGUUGAGAAGAAUUAGACCGCCAGACCUAUAUUUGGCCGAUAGAUGAUACAUGAUCCGAAGAACUGAAUAUUACGUAUAGUACAAUGUGAACUGGGUUCCCUUCAUGAUGAACGCAACCAUUCAGGACAAUGUCGCGGGGAGACUAAUGGUAAGGUGUCCAUCUAGAGCCAUAGAGAUGAUACUGGCUUUGAAGAGCCUGACCAAAUCACUCUUACGACGAGUUAAGAUAUAUUCCAAGUAAAUAUCUCGUAGCAUUGAGGCCUAGAUGAGGCAGCAUCCGAAACCUGGUAUGUAUGACAUCAUCGUUGUCUGGAUCCGAAAUUUCGGAUACCUUCAUAGAAACUAUCUAUACGACUAUCUUGA